UCAUGGAGCGAACAUGCAGCAUGAGGAGACAGACCAUGGCCAGACAGCACAAGGCUGAAGUCAUGAUUGCAGGAGAACAGCUCAGGUUGAGGCUCCAUGAUGGAAAACUGAUUAAGGACCGCAGGUAUCACCUCCGCACGUAUCCCAACUGCUUUGUGGCCCAGGAGCUCAUAGACUGGCUCGUCAGCCAUAAGGAAGCCAUGGAUCGAGUCACAGCUGUCAGUCUGAUGCAACACCUCAUGGACAACGACAUCAUUCAUCAUGUCUGUGAUAAGAGGCCGGUGUUCAAGGAUGCCAAACUCCUGUACCGUUUCCGAAAGGAUGAUGGCACAUUUCCUUUCAAUACCGAAGUUAAAAUCUUCAUGCGUGGACAGCAGCUGUAUGAACAUCUAAUAGCAGACAAAAACUCCAUCAUGAAGCUGAGAGAGGAACAUGGCGUUUCAUAUCAACGCUGCUUUCCUGGCUACCUGUUGAUUGACUGGCUUCUUCAAAACGGGGACGUGGAAAGUCGGUGUCAGGGUUUGGAGUUGUGCCGAGCACUGCUGGAGCAUGGCAUCAUUCAGCAUGUGACAAAGAAGCAUGACUUCUUUGAUAGCGGGCUACUCUAUCAGUUCUGCAUUAAUUUUCGUCGACGCCGGCGCCUUUCUGAGUUGCUAAAUGAAGGUAAACAAGAUAAUGAGGAGGGUGCAUCGACGUCUCAAGAGGACAGUCUGGACAGUCCAUUCAUUCUGCGAAGGAGUCCACCGUCGGAGCACACACCGUUCCAGUCAGUGUGGAAAAGUAAAGACCUGAAACAGGUCACCAGCCCACGUCGAAGCAGCUUGAAUGCCCUUCAGCUUCACAGUGCAGGUUUUCCUCCCUUUGGACAGCUGUCUGCUGCUUCUUUGGUGAUCGGGGACCCUCUUGGGUGGGGCUUUGUUGUCAGAGGUGCUGCUCCGUGCUAUGUGCAGGCUGUUGACCCUGGAAGCCCUGCAGCAGCAGCUGGAGUUAAGGUGCGGCAAUUUGUGUGUCAGGUGAAUGGAAAAACAGUUCUUUACCAGGAUUACAAGUCAGUCACCAGACUGGUGAUGACUGGACCUCGAGUUGUUGUUCUGGAAGUUAUGGAACCACUGGACUAAAAGCAACUGAUCUGUAUAAACAAAGAAUGUUGUUUUAAAAAAAAGAGAUAAAACUCUGAAUAUUUUGAAGUUAAUCCUGAUGUACAGUUAUUUUGGGAAAAAAGAUUGCAUGUAGCUAAAGCCAAUGUCAAAAAAAGAACAUUAUAUCCUGUUUUUGAAAAUGUUUACAUUAUUUUUCCAAGGUCUUUCUAAAGUAUUGAGACAUGGUUGGAUCCAAAUUCCAAAGGGAAAUUCUGAGAAACUAUACUCUACGUGAGCUACACAAGGUCAGAUGUGUGGGCUGAAAAUUGUAUCAAUAAAGACUAAAGUAAAACAACACACAGCGUUGUUAUUUUCCCUGGUACUUUUUGGAUUUUGGCACACAUACUGGAGCCACUCCACUAUAGGUAAAUGUAAUUGUGCAUCAGGUCCAAAAGAAUAGCUGAGGUAUAUAUGUUCUAUUUUAGAAUUUUUUACUUUUUAAUGUAUCCUUUUCAACGCCGUUUGCAACAAAAAGUGUUGAACUUUUGAAAUGUUUUCUUAUGAACUGAAGUCAGCACACAGUGUUGCAUGUUCAACCUGUCACUAGAUCAGCUUGAUUCUCUGCCUGUAGAGCAUAUAUUUGGAUCUUUGCUUUUGUUUUGAUAUGUUUAGCUCUGACUCUUGCCGUUUAGUGCUGAGAUAGUUGCUAUAAGCUGUAAUCACAGACUUCUGGUACACGAAAAGAUUUCCUGACUGCUUUCAUUAACAUGUGACACUAGCCAAAGUUUAUUAAAAUUAUGUUUACAGUAGGUUUGUAUUUUUACAAAUAUGCAAUUGGCAGUGAUUUUGCAUGAAUGCAAAAGAGGAAUGUGAGAAGAAUCAAAAUCAAAUCUUAGUCAGGUGGAAGGCACUUUCGUUGUCUUUUGUCAAAAAGCUAUAAGGGACAUCUGAUUCAGUUGACUGUUAGUCAAAACUUUGCAAGUUUGCAACACUGUUUAGAAAUAAAAACACAGAUGUGCACUGGAAUAUGAAAAUUUGGUUCAUAAAUUCAAAAGUCUUGUAUUCAUUCAUUUCUAGAACAGGCAUUUUCUGUAGCUUACUAAAGAUUUUUUUUCCUUGCAUCACUUUUUUCAAAGACAUACAGGAUAACAUUUAGAUUUGCACUAAUAAAGAGUUAUGGCUACAAAUAUAAUGUGACACAUGCAUAACAGCCCUAACCACAGGACAGACUUGUACAAUAUUGGAAAUCUCUUGGAAUAAAUUAAAAAAAAAAUCUAAAACAUGGGUGGCGCUCUUGCCUCACAGCAAAAAGGCCACGGUUCAAAUCCCGGCUGGGGGAUCUGAAAAACAUCAACUGGGACC